UUUUCUCUCUUGGGGAAACAACGAAAACUCACACAAAACGAUGUCGUCGCACUCUCCCUCCAUACGCUCCUCUCUUAUAUUAUAGACCAAAGAAACUAUCUCUCUCUCUCCAAAAAAAAAACCAAACCUCUCUACUUCCUUUCUCAUGGCCGCAACGGUCAUUUUCUUCCUCCACUUCACAUUCUUCGCCGCCGUCUUCCUCCACACCUCCGCCGUUUCACCUGAGACGCAAGCUCUCAUAUCCCUCAAACUCUCUCUCCGCGACCCUCUAGGCGCUCUCGAGACCUGGAACGAGUCCUCCCCCUCAGCUCCAUGCGACUGGCACGGCGUCCUCUGCUUCUCCGGUCGCGUCCGCGAGCUUCUCCUCCCCCGCCUCCGCCUCGCCGGCCGCCUCAGCCCUCGACUCGGCGAGUUGACUCAGCUCCGCAAGCUCAACCUCCACACCAACGACCUAAACGGCGCCGUUCCGCCUUCUCUCUCACGCUGCGUCUUCCUCAAGGCGGUUUACCUUCACUACAACUCGUUCUCCGGCGAGUUCCCGCCGGAGAUAUUGUCUCUCAGGAACCUCCAAGUCCUCAACGCUGCUCACAACUCCCUCACCGGGAGCAUAGCCAACGUGACAGUCUCCAAAACCCUCCGUCACGUCGACUUGUCCUCAAACGCGUUCUCCGGGGCCAUUCCGGCGAGUUUCUCGCCGGAAUCUUCCCUCCAUCUCCUAAACCUCUCGUACAACCGGUUCUCCGGUGAGAUCCCGGCUUCUCUCGGUCACCUACAGAGCCUAGAGUAUCUAUCGCUAGAGUCUAACCACUUACAAGGAACGAUACCGUCAGCGUUAUCUAACUGCUCGUCGCUGAUACACUUCACCGCCGCCGUUAACUCCCUUACCGGCCUAGUGCCAACGACUCUCGGGAAGAUUCCGACUCUCCAAGUGAUCUCACUCUCCCAAAACUCCCUUACCGGUACGGUUCCAGCGAGUCUUCUAUGCGGUUAUUCUGGUUACAACAACUCCUCCUCCAUGCGAAUCGUUCAGUUAGGCGUUAAUAACUUCACGGGGUUAGCUACGCCGUCAAAUGCAGCCUGCGUGAAUCCUAAUUUAGAGAUUCUCGACCUUCACGAGAAUAACAUUGGUCACGAGUUUCCCACGUGGUUGACCGGUUUGACCUCACUAAUUGUUUUGGAUAUAUCCGGAAACGGUUUAACCGGCGAGUUUCCGGCGAAAAUCGGGAGCUUCACGGCGCUUCAGGAGCUCAGAGCAGCGAACAACUCUUUCCUCGGAGAGAUUCCGACGACAAUCGGAGAAUGCAGGUCGUUGCGGGUCGUUGACUUCGAAGGAAACAAGCUCUCGGGUCAAGUUCCGGGUUUUCUGAGCCGGUUACAGUCUCUAACGGCGUUAUCACUAGGAAGAAACGGGUUCUCGGGUCGGAUCCCAUCGGAUCUUCUGAGGUUAAACGGACUCGAAGCGUUGAGUCUAAACGAGAAUCGUCUCACCGGAGAUAUACCAUCGGAGAUAACGAAGCUAGCGAAUCUCAGCGUUCUCAAUCUCAGCUUCAACAGAUUUUCCGGCGAGAUUCCGAGCAAUGUAGGCGAUUUAAAGAGCUUGAGUGUUUUAAACCUUAGUGGAUGCGGGUUAACGGGUCGGAUUCCGGUUAGUAUCUCGGGUUUAAUGAAGCUUCGGGUUUUGGAUUUGAGUAAACAGAGAAUCUCCGGGGAGUUAACAGUUGAGCUCUUUGGCUUGCCGGAUCUUCAAGUGGUUGCUUUGGGAAGCAACGGUUUAAACGGCGUCGUACCGGAAGGUUUCAGCAGUUUGGUUAGUCUCCGGUUCUUGAAUCUUAGUUCUAAUUUGUUUUCCGGACGUAUCCCUUCGAACUAUGGGUUUCUCAAGUCGUUGCAAGUGCUUUCACUGUCUCGUAACCGGAUCUCCGGUUCUGUCCCGGCGGAGAUUGGGAAUUGCUCAAGUCUUGAGGUUCUUGAGCUCGGUUCGAACCGGUUACAAGGUCACAUUCCGGUUCGUCUUUCGAAGCUAUCUCAUUUGAAGAAGCUUGAUUUGAGUCACAACAAGUUAACCGGGGAUAUUCCGGUUCAGAUGUCUAAGGACUCGUCUCUGGAGACUCUCCUGCUUAAUUCGAACUCUCUAUCGGGUCCUAUACCGGAAUCUUUAUCAAGAUUGAGGAACUUAACCGGGUUGGAUCUUUCAUCAAACCGGUUUAACUCUACUAUACCAGCAAGUCUCUCCCGGCUCCAUUCUCUGAACUACUUGAACUUGUCAAGAAACAGAUUAGAAGGGGAGAUUCCACAAGCUCUAGCUGCACGUUUCAACAACACAUCCGUCUUCUCCAACAACCCGAGGCUCUGCGGUAAACCGCUCGGUUUAGAAUGUGAAAACGUUAGGAGAAGGAGAAGAAGAAAGCUGAUUCUACUCGUAACACUAGCCGCAGCUGGAGCUUUGUUGUUAUUACUAUGCUGCUGCGGCUACGUGUUCAGUCUAUGGAGAUGGCGCAAGAAAAUAAGAUUAGGUUUGGGUUGGGACAAGAAAGGAACACCAUCCCGAACCUCCGGUACGAGCUCCGGCGGCACGAGGGGAGAGGACAACAACGGUGGUCCUAAGCUAGUGAUGUUCAACAACAAGAUCACGUUAGCCGAAACCUUAGAAGCCACGAGACAAUUCGACGAAGAGAACGUACUGAGCAGAGGAAGAUACGGUUUGGUUUUCAAGGCGACUUUUAAAGACGGUAUGGUUCUAUCGGUACGUAGGCUCAUGGACGGUGCCUCGAUAACCGACGCAACGUUCCGUAACCAAGCCGAGGCGUUAGGUAGAGUGAAGCACAAGAACAUAACUGUCUUGAGAGGAUACUACUGCGGACCGCCUGAUCUUAGACUUCUCGUUUACGACUACAUGCCCAACGGAAACCUCUCGACGCUCUUGCAAGAAGCGUCUCACCAAGACGGGCACGUGCUGAACUGGCCGAUGCGUCAUCUCAUCGCGUUGGGGAUCGCUAGAGGACUAUCUUUCUUGCAUUCGUUGUCCAUCGUCCACGGGGAUCUGAAACCGCAGAACGUACUUUUCGACGCGGAUUUCGAAGCGCAUUUGUCCGAGUUCGGGUUAGACAGGCUGACGGCCUUGACUCCAGCGGAAGAACCGUCCACUUCGUCGACCCCGGUCGGGUCAUUAGGCUACAUUGCACCCGAAGCGGGGUUAACGGGCCAAACGAGUAAAGAGAGUGAUGUCUAUAGCUUCGGGAUAGUGCUGUUAGAGAUCUUGACGGGUAAGAAGGCAGUGAUGUUUACUGAGGAUGAAGACAUAGUGAAAUGGGUGAAGAGACAGUUGCAAAAGGGACAGAUCGUUGAGUUGCUUGAACCGGGUUUGUUGGAGCUUGACCCGGAGAGUUCGGAGUGGGAAGAGUUCUUGCUAGGGAUUAAAGUGGGGUUGUUGUGUACUGGUGGAGACGUUGUUGAUCGACCUGCUAUGGCUGAUGUUGUGUUCAUGCUCGAAGGGUGUAGAGUCGGUCCAGCGAUUUCCUUAUCCGCUGACCCUACUUCGCCUACUUCCCCAGCCGCCGAAGCAGCUUCUUGAGAAUGUUUCAAUUUUUUCAUUUCGUAAUAAAUUUUUCCUUUGUGGAUAAUUCUGUUUGGCUUUCAUUGCAUUGUAUCUUGUCACGAGUACGACAAUCAGAAAAUAUUCAAGUUGUCUAAUCAAGGAAUGUGAGUGAAAUCAA